CACAGCCAACAGGGUUGGACGGCAAACCGUCAGAGAGCUUCUCUGUCAGCAGCGGAAGGAGCAGCAGUGAGCGCAUUGGCGAGACCUUUCAAUCUUACGGUGGUGUGCAGUGGACCAAUCCAGCAAGAAAGCUGAUGACAGAGAAGGGGCUUUACAAGAAGCACUCCAUCGACCAUGCUUUGCUGAGGGGUUUUUUUUCGUUCCUGCAGAAAGACCUUCAAAAUGAGAAUCCUAAACAGGAGGGGAGCACUACCAAAAAAAAAACUUGUUUUGAGUUUGAUAUCCAAGAAAAAUAUUUUCACACAGAAAACUAGUCAUGAUGACAAGGUCAUCUAACGUGUCCUUUUUUUUCAGGUUGAAAACGUUGCACGUUUUCUGUGUUACAUGGACCCACGGGCACCGUCCCUGGAAUUUGUCAGGGACAGAGAGAAGACGCAGCAGUUUUUCAGGGAGCUGACUGAUGCGGGGCUAUCGAAACAAACUCAACUUAAUUACAUGAAAAAUUUGAAAAGAUUCCUCACAUACCAGACCAUCAACACCAACCUGAGGCAUGACGACAAGGACCUGCAUACAGACUGUAGGGAGUUCAUAGACUACCUCGGACUGCUGCAGAAGAGCUGCAGUAAGAAGGUCAGCAAGGAGAUUACCCAAAAAAGGCACGAGAGGUUGACAGCAGAUGGAGAACUGACAACGCAUGACUGCACGGCUGUGCUCAGGGCCGCCAAAGGAGACUUCCUGGCCAUCACCCGGAAGAUGCUCUCAGAGAAACAGUUGACCACCGACGAGUGCUUGGAUUAUAUGUACAAUCUCCAGGCACUGGUCAUACUGAAGCACCUCCAACGACCGGGCGUGGUGACGCACAUGACUGUUCCAGAGUGGCUGAACAAGAAAACCACUACAUCGGGGUACACAGUAGUGGGUGUCAAGGAGCACAAGACGAGUGCUCAACAAGUGGCCACAUUUGCCCUUUCCCAGGAGGAGGUUACUUGGUUUGACCUGUACUACACGUGUGUGCGGCCACAACUCCAGUCCUGCAUCAGGAAGCGGAAGAGGGAAGAUAUGGAUGGGACUGAAGAGAGAUUCUUCAUCUCAUCCGCGAGUGGAAGAAUACACAAUCCCUCCAAUGACCUCCAACGGCUGCACAUAAGGUAUGGCGUCAGACCAUGGGUGACCAGCCAGAGAGCACGCCGGGUCUUCGAGACAGCCACCAAGAGUCUGACUGACACAGAGAAGUCUCUGGUAGCUGACUAUCUGACACAUUCGACUGCUACAGCGGAGAAACAUUACCGCAUGAAGCAGGCAGACAACGUCGUGAGGGCUAGUCAGCUCCUGGAUUUGCUGGCUGGUCAGUCGACCACUGAUCCUUCAGAAGGGGAAUCCAGCCGCGCUGCCCGUAGCAUUGCUCGCAAUGCUGCCCAGCAGAAAGCAGAGACGACAGAUCUGCAAACGGAUUUUGAGGCAGCGUACAACCGGCUUGUAGAACAGCACCCGGUGACUGUGGAGGGUGGAGCACCAGAUAAGGCUCUGCGCGCCGACAUCUCACCUAGCUUUCAGCGGAAGCUGUACGAGCGAUGGGUGAAGGCCCAGAUGAAACUGCGCAAGCAACAUAUUCACUCGCGCUUUGGCCCUCGUCUACCCAGUGAGGAGAAGGUCAGCAAGUGGAUCUCUGAUCAGGGAUGGAGGAGCAACAUACCCAGUGCAGCCCAGUUCGUCAACGAAUGGAAGCCCCAUGGAUCCGUGGACACAGCAUUGGACGCUAAACGGAUCCGGAGACUCACAAGGACCCAGAGGUGGAAAGGACUUGUUGUGACGGAAGAUGGAGGGGAGGGCAAGGGCGUCAUUGCCACCCGAAGAUUUCUGGCUGGUGAGGUGGUGUGUGACUACCACGGGCAGGUCGUCACAGCCUCAGAGGGACACAGCACUCACAGCACUGUGAGUGCGGAGGACGGUGUUCACAUGUUUUUUUUCGAAAACAUGAAUGGACAGGCUAUGUGCAUUGACGCACAUUCGCCUUGCUGUGAGUGCCAUCCAGACCGACAGACUUUUGGGCGGUUAAUCAAGCACUCAAGGAAAUGUUGCAACCUGAGGCCCAGAGCAUACACUCUUCAAAACGGGGUGGACAUUAUUAUUUUCCUGGCCACAAAGAACAUUAAAGAAAAUGAAGAACUUUUGUUUGAUUACGGUGUUGAAAGAAGGUCUCUUAUAGGAAAGGGUUUAAACCUCCUUUGGGUAUGAAUGUGUAAAUACAUGUGAAAAUUCGUGUAAAUACUCGUGUGAAAAAAACAUGUAGAAUGUGCAUAAAUACGGCCCGUAUUACUUGUUAUCUUCCUUUUUUUAAUGAAUGAGUUUUUCAAUGUAAAUAAACUUGCCUUGCCUUCUGACUAGUUUAUAUUAAUAUGCUCUGUGUCACUAGAAUACCGGUGU